AUGGCGGCGGAUUUCAUCCUGGAUACCGUGGCGGUUUGCUUCGCGGUCUUCUUCAUGACGGCUCCGUUGUCUCAGGCCAUCGAUGUUUGUGGCACGCCAGCGAAAGUGCGGUACGUCAAUCCCAUCAACUUGCUUUGCUUCUCGCUGAAUUGCAUCACUCAGCUGGCCUAUGGUUUGUUCUUGCCGGUCCCACCUGUCGUUCCGUGCAACGCCUAUGGAGUCUUCGUUGGCAUCUUCAGCACAUCGGCCUGCUGGUGCUUCGCGCGCAAGGAGCCGCAUGCCAAGCACUGGGAUCGCACUGCUGCCUUCGCCACGGCUUUCACCGGCCUCCUUGCUGCGUUGAUCUUUGCCUACGCGGCCUUUGGGGGAGCGGCUGAUGUGGGCGUGCUGGGGAUGAUGGUGGGAAUCAUCAUGUAUGGCGCGCCCUUGUCCAGUAUGAAAGAAGUGCUGAGAACAAAGUCCUCUGAGACGCUCCCGGUGAUGCAGAGCUUCCUGGGCUUCCUGAACAGCAGCUGUUGGUUCACAGUGGGCGUGCGCACGGGGAAGGUGCCGGUGUGGGGUCCCAACAUCAUCGGCAUGAUGCUCUCCUUGCUGCAACUGGCGUUGAUCUUCAAGUUCCCCGCGAAGCCCGCGGGUGAUUUGGAGGAUGAGGACUUCAUCCCCCUGCUGGCAGAACACUCCUUGGCAGAUGUCGCGCGAGACACCAGCCGUGAGUGGAAGGAGGCUAUUGUGGAACAUAGCCAUUCCAUCAGCCUCUUCAUGAAAAAGUCAAGUCAGGACUUGGUUGGUCUCUUCUCUCACUCUCCGCGCGUGGACAACGAGUACAUUUCCUUGGACGGAGAUGGGCCCCUGACUGAGAACAAGAAAAAGGUGCAUCCUCCAUUGCCGUGGCAGAUCGGCAAGAACUUUUCGGUCUUUGCCCUGGAGACCGGCAUCACGGUGAGCGAUCGACCCACAUGGUGGUCUGAGGAUGGUAGAUACUUCAUCUACUAUGCGCAGGACUAUCAGCAUUGGAAGGUGAAUGGGCUCCGCAGCGCAGGUGGAGAUGGUAUCUCUUCAGUGCGGCCGGGCCGGCGUCGUGCGGGCUGCGGCUUCGCGCGCUCCAGUCCUGUGAAGGCCUCUGCACCUCCAAUGGAUUUCGCCGCUCUUUUCGAAGCCGGCGGCUGGUUUGAGGUGGAUGAUGAUGAAUGGGUGUCCGUGAAACCCUCACUCUUGUCCAAAACGGCUUCAUCUUUCCGUUUUGUCGCUGAAACAGCGCAGACCCAGGAAAGUGCCAAGGUGGAUGAGACAUCCACGACAGAGCAGGCUGUGGGCCGUCGGGUCUUUUGUGGCCUUCGCUGCAAAGAGGCCUUGCUUCUCUUUCUUCCACCCAAGCCAGGUAUCGAGGAAGAGGAUAGCAUCGUGAUGGAUUUGGAGCAGUCAGCUGAGAUCGGUGAUAUGGACGGGCUGCUGAAAAAAACAGGAGAGCCUGACGUGAUAUCUCUGAAACCGCGGAAGGCAUCGAAAUUGUGA